UCACGGUGACGUCAUCAGUCAGCCGGUGGAGCCGAGCUGUUGCACCACACUUCGUCAGAAGGAGCCAACAGCAACAACAACAACAGCAGCAGCUGGUGGUGGUUGUUGUUGUGGUGGUUGUUGUGGUGCUGGUGGUGGUGGGGCGUUCGAGGUGAGGCUGAUGGUCUAUCGGACCGAAGAGGUUCGGAGGAAAAGAACGAUGACCACCUCCUACCUGCCCGAGCGCAACCACUACCAGACGAUCAGCAUGCUGGGGAACGGAUUUGAGGAGUUGAUGUCCGUUCGCCUGGCGCGACACGUGCCUUCGGGGAGCUACGUCGCCGUGCGCCAUAUCAACCUGGAGGGCUGCUCCCAUGAGCUCUUCUCGCUGCUGCAGGAUGAGCUUCAUAUCGCCAAGCUUUUCCACCACUCAAACAUCCUGCCUUACUGGGCAUCCUUUGUGGUGGACAAUGAACUCUGGAUCAUCACUCCGUUCAUGGCUUAUGGCUCGGCGAAGGACCUCAUCUCGGCGCACUUCACGGACGGCCUGCCGGAGCCGGCCAUCGCCCUGGUCCUGUACGAGGUUCUGCGAGGGCUGGAGUACGUCCACAGGAUGGGCUUCGUGCACAGGAGCGUGAAGGCGAGCCACGUGCUGGUGUCGGCGGACGGCCGCGUGUGCCUCACGGGGCUGCGCAGCGCGCUCAGCAUGAUCCUGGACGGGCACCGGCUGCGAGCGGUGCACACCUUCCCGCGCCACAGCGUGGGCACCCUGCCCUGGCUCAGCCCGGAGCUGCUGCAGCAGAACCUGGAAGGGUACGACACGAAGUCGGACAUCUACAGCCUGGGCAUCAUGGCCUGUGAACUUGCCAAUGCCCACGUGCCCUUUAAAGACAUGCCCACCACACAGAUGUUGCUGGAAAAGUUGAACGGCACCGUGCCGUGCCUGCUGGACACGCACACCAUUCCCGCGGAGGAUCUCAAUUUGCAAAACGCCCGCGCGUCUCACGGAGUGGAAGGAGGGGCGGGAGGCGGUGGGGCGGCGGGCUGGCCGGCGGCGUCUUCCCCCGACCAGUUCUCCCAUCCGUACAACCGCACCUUCUCCGCGCCCUUCCACAACUUCACCGAGAUCUGCCUGCAGCGAGACCCCGACAGACGGCCGUCGGCGACAGCCUUGAUGAACCACGUGUUCUUCAAGCAGGUGCGCAAGCGGCAGUGCGACGCCCUUCCCGAGCUGCUGAGGCCCGUGGCGCCGCUCACGGAGCAGGAGGCGGCGACGCGCGCCCACCCGGACAACGGCCUCGACGGCGUCGUGCGUGGCCUGCAGCGCAUGCAGGCCGCCGACGACUGGGACUUCUGAUGGCGCCGCCUGGAAUCGCCCCAGACGGAUCGCUGGACAACUUCGGCCUCAGUUCGCCUUCCGUGGAGCCCCGGAGAGGCGGCAGCGGCACGGGCUACGAUGACCUCUCGCAAGCUCACCGUGGUGCGGAGCUGAGCAAAAUAAUUUCCUCCGCGUAUGAUCCUCCACUUUCAGUUUUCAACGUUUAAAAGUUUGUUUAACCCGGUUGAGAACUCCGAAAAGAGAGAGGGUCAGGGUGAGCGUCAUUUGCAGGAGUGACCUGGGACAUCCGUCUGCCUGUGGGGGCCGUGAUUGCCGCUGAGUGUACAAUCUCGAUUGGGUAACUUUUGCGCCGUGCUUUUCGACUUUUGGGAAAUUUCCAAAUUCGAUUCGACCGUGACGUCGGCACACGACGGUCCACGUCCGCAGUGAGCGAAGCGGGACCGGCGCGUGGCAGUAUUAUUACUACGACUAACCAGGGCGGACGCCGAAGUUUUAUGACGGGUGCAACGCGUAACGAAAAUUUGCCGGGCCGGCGUUUGGCGCACGUGGGCUGCCUUGUAACCCAGCGCUGCGGAGGUAGCGCCGAGGGUUGGUGGGUCACGCACGGAUCGUGUGAAACUCCCUUCCCGGGGAGGAGCCGUAACCCGGGCUCGCCAGGAGAAGGCGGUACAACGACAAUGCGGACUCCACAUCUGUUCCGUCUCUCAACGCCAGUAGUUCUCAAACUUUACUGCAGCCUUGCAACCCCAUUGGUUCUCAAUCGUAAAAAAAAUCACAAUGUUAAUAAAUACAGAGGGUUUGACGAAAUAAAGUAGGUUGUGCCAUACUUUGCCCCAUGCUUAAAUUUGUGUUUUCGAUGAUUUACCUUCUAAAAAAAUAUCUGGCCAUGUCGCGCACCCCCUGAAAGGGCAUCUCGCUCCCCCUGAGGGUGCAGCGUGCACCCCCAGGUUAAGUAGAAGCACUGCUCCAUGCGCUAAGAGUGCUCCCCCGACGAAACGCCUGGGCUUUCUCCGGCAUGCAUCAACAUUAAUUGGCCGAUUACGCCUUGAUAUGUAGAGGACCCCUCCGAGCUCUGGGGACAGUUGUUGGUAACCGCUCACCACGCGGCUGACUUUCCCCGCUCCCAUGUGGCGGAUCGUCGCGCCUCUGAGCCAUUUUCUCUCAUCGAGAGUGAGUUGUUGUUGUUGUUCUUUACAAGUUGAGGUCGUUAUUAUGAUGAUAGUUAUUGUUAAAAUGUUGAGUCGAAAGUGUGCGUCUCCGGGAGACGUGUGCUCUGUGUGUACCGACGACGUUCCUCGACUUGUUUAACGUCUGUCGCCGAAAGUGGCAUUUCUACAGUUUCGUCGGGAAACGUUUUCAUAUUUGCUCAGAAAUUAUAAUUUAACCAAAUUUGCUUGUUUUUUAUUUUGGGGAGAUAAAAAGAAAUAAGAGUGUUUUGGUCAUCCCGGGACCUUUUUUUGCCAGUAUCAAAGUAUGAAAAAUAAUUAUUUUAUUGCCAGAAAAGGUCAAACCUAUUCGUAUUUUUCAUACCUUGAUACUGGCAAAAAAAGGUAUCCCACGAUGUAGCUGCUCACCCCGAGCUAAAAAUACUGUGCUCCGUGUGGCAUUGUACUUGUGCUGUUCCCCUUUUGCCGCUGUCCUCUGGUCUGACACUGCUGGUGAGACGAGGCCACGAAGAAAGCCGCUUCUCUCCGGUGUAGGCCAAUCAGUUUCAAAGACAAUGCGUGUAUCUUUCUAGAUUUGAAGCUUUCGUGACUGCAAGGAUCCAUACUCUUAGGUUUUUUCGGUAAAGUCAAGUAGGUAAAAUAAUAAUAAAAUAAAAUAAUAAAAUAAUAUUAAAUUAAAAUGACUAAAUUAAAUCACGACGUUUCGGAAGCAACACGAGCCUCCGUCAUCAGGUGUAACUGCUCCAGUACAAUUAAAAUUACUGUCGCAUAAUUUUACUGGAGCAGUUACACCUGAUGACGGAGGCUUGUGUUGCUUCCGAAACGUCGUGAUUUAAUUUAGUUAUUUUUAUUUAUUUUAUAAUUUUUACCAACGUGACUUUACCGAAAUAACCUAAGAGUAUAAUGCGUGUAUCGUCAGGGGCAUGUUUGCAUGUACACCACAGGUACCGCGUGGUUAAUGCAGCACUCUAUUCCUUGCAAAAGGUUUCUAUUUGGCGUUCGAACGUCUUAACACAACACCUGUUUCGUUGCCAGAAAGGGUCAAACCCAUUCUUAUUUUCCAGUGCAAACACUUGGGAGGCUCUCCCCGCCCCGCCACUGGGGAGCUGUCCAGUCACUUUGCUGCGCGCUGCGGAUGGAGAAACGCAUUGCGUCAAUAAAGGCGUCGUUUUCGA